CUUCGCCCCUCAAUUUCAUCGAUGGCCCCCCGUGUUCAAACCCUUUCAUGGGACACUUCGCUGUGGUUUUUGAUGUACCGGACACCACCGACAAAUGGCGAAAACAAUACGGUCCGACGUUCAUGGCCAAAGGCGUCCUCAGCGAGAACGAUCUCCACACCGCGGAUGUGACUGCCGUAUCACACAUCCUGUCGCAUGGCUCGAGCUACCUGAAGCCGACUUCGCUGCUGGCCCCUCUGCGGGAUAUCAUGGGAGACGGGAUUCUUGCGGUCGAGAUGGAUCCGCACAGACGGCAG